AUGAAUAGUAUGAAUUAUACUUAUGGUCGAUCAAAAACAUUAAUUGUACAACGUCUACAAACUAUUCAACGACAACUUCAACAAGCAUCACAAGGAUUACAAGAUUUCGGUAAACAGCCAUUCCCUCAAUGUCUAUCUGAAAUGAAUCCUCCAUUAGAUUUUACAACAUUAUCAGCAAUGGUUACAGCUGUUGUACGUAAAGGUCAACAUAAAUUAAAACAACAAUUUGAAUAUAACAAAAAAAUGUUAAAAUUAGACUCAACAGAUCACCUUUUUGAAAAAAAUGUUUACGAUUUUAAACCAAAUAAACAACAAAUUCGUUCAAUCCGUAAUAUAUGGAAAGCCAUUCAAAAUAAAAAACAAAUGGAAGAACAAAUUGAAAUAUUAAAACAUCGUAUCCAUUCGAAUUGUUUACCACCAGCAUUUAAUCUUCUUGAUUAUUCACUUGAUAGAAUUGAGAAAAUGCUUAGCGGAUCAAAACAAUAUUCUAGUAAUGAUAAUGAUAACAAGCAACAAAUAAUAUUAGCUGCUCGUCGUUUAAAGAAAAUUGGUCGAUUUAAAUAUGAUAUGCUUGAAUUAAGUAUAGCAGCUGGCGAAGAAAAAGUACGAUAUUGGCAUAAAAUGGCUAAAAAAGAAAAAAAGAAAUUAAAAACUAUUACCAAUAAAUUAAAGAAAAAUAAUUUUGAUUCAGAUAUAUUUAAACAAUUAAUGGCAGCUAUUGAAGCAUGUGAAAAACGUAUGAUCGAACGUGCUGAUUAUAUUACACAACAAAAAUUAAACAAAUCAAAAUUAAGUAUUCGAAAUCAUACAAAUAUGUUUCUCUCUUUACAUUUUGUUAAUACUAUUAUACCAUUAUCCAAUGAACAAUUACUUAUUAUUAAUAAAGGUUUAAAAUUUAUUUCACCCUGCCAAAGUCGUUUCUUUUAUCGUCAACCUAUGGAAAAAAUUAUUGAACAAGAGUACGACCGGCUCUAUGCUGAAAAUUGUAAAAGUCUUACUAAUUAUACGUUUUUAACAAAUGAUACACGUGCAACUGAAUUUUUUUCUGAAGUUAAACAUUUACUUGAACAACUAUAUACCAAACCAUUACCUAAAAAACUCGAAGGAAAUGCUCGAUGCAUUUAUAAAAUGAUUAAAUCAAUGCGACGAAAAUUACGCAAAGCGAAUAUUGCUAUUGGACAAACUGAUGAAACCAAUGCUUAUCAAGAAAUCACGAAUGGUAUUUGCUCAUUAGCCAAUAAUUUACAUUUAGUAAUAAUAUUACUUGAUCAUAUACUCGAACGGAAUGAAAUUACCAAUGAACAGUAUAAACAAAUGUAUCCUAAUUUAAAAACAUUAGAAUUAGCUCAUAUUUAUUUCAAUCUUAAAGUUCAUAAGCCUGAAAUAUCAGUUCGACCUAUUGUUGCUUCAAUCAAUACACCAUCAAGACAAAUAUCAAGUUUUUUAGAUCAACUGCUCACUCCAAUUUAUAAUUAUGUGACAAAAGAUAUAACAUUUAUUAAUAGCAUCGAUUUGAUUCGAAAAUUAAAAGACUAUACAGAAAAAGGUUAUCUCACUUCAACAACAUUAUUUAUUACAUUUGAUGUGGCAGAUUUAUAUACAAUGAUACCAAGAGAUGGUGCUAUUGCUGCUUUAAGACGGUUCUGCCAAAAAUAUUCUGUCAAUGGCAAAAUUGGAAACCUCAAAAUAGAUACUAUCAUUAAAUUAGCCUCUGCUGUUCUAGAUACGAAUACAUUUGCUUACAAAAAUAAAUAUUAUCGACAAAUUAAAUGCGGUGCUAUGGGUUUACCAUUUACUAUGGUUCUCCCUGAAAUAUCAGUUCGACCUAUUGUUGCUUCAAUCAAAGCACCAGCAAGACAAAUAUCAAGUUUUUUAGAUCAACUGCUCACUCCAAUUUAUAAUUAUGUGACAAAAGAUAUAACAUUUAUUAAUAGCAUCGAUUUGAUUCGAAAAUUAAAAGACUGUACAGAAAAAGGUUAUCUCACUUCAACAACAUUAUUUGUUACAUUUGAUGUGGCCGAUUUAUAUACAAUGAUACCAAAAGAUGGUGCUUUUGCUGCUUUAAGACGGUUCUGUCAAAAAUAUUCUGUCAGUGGCAAAAAUUGGAAACCUCAAAAUAGAUACUAUCAUUAA